CCAGGAGGGAGGUGAAAGCGAUCAGGCCGCCCCCACAGUUAGAUCUGCGUUUCUUGGGUGUGCAAAGUCUUUUAAAUCGCUAUCUUUUAAAAAAAUAUAUAUAUAUAUCAGAAACUGGUCGUAACCGGCAAUAAGCGAAAACGUUUGUAAUUACAACGCUGGGAAAGAGAGAAGCUUCUUUGUUCCAAAUCAACACCAUUUCCAAAAUGGCUGAGCCACUGCCAGAAAUACUGUUAGACAAGAGAGAUAUGGUGGAAACUGUAAUGGAGGUGUUUGACAAGGGUGCUGAAGCUGUGGACAGCUCUGCAGAGGACUUCUCUGUGUUCUCCAUUUCGCUGCCUCUCGUGCAAUUAGCCCUGGACAACACAGAGAGCACAGAGGCAGAGUACAUGAAGGAACAGUUCCAGAAGGUUUGGGAACACCUGGAAGUGAUGUCAGAGGAGGUGGAACGCAUCAACCAGCAGAUCAGAAAGAGUGAGGUGGACGUGGCCUAUUUCCAGGUAGAAGAGAACCUCAACAAUGUGUUCCGUAAGUACAUGGACAUCCUCAACGCCAAGCCCAAGUUCCGCGCGGUCAAGAAGAAGCUCUUCCUGAAACAUUUUGAGAAGACUGGAGGUGACCUGAAUCUGGAUGCCAUAUAUGGUGCAGUCACUGGAAGCUCUGGGGAGCCCCUGCUGGAGACAGUGCUGGCCAUAGAGCAAAGAAGCCGCAGGGCUGUGGAGGCAUUCUGCUCGGGGCUGAAGAAGCUUUUCAUCAUGGGCAUCAUCGCGGUUAUGGGCCAUGCCGCCCUAAAUCAGGGCGAGGUGGGCGAGGAGCUGGUGAGCAAGUGGCAAGAGAGGAUGGGAGAGGUGGAGAGGCGCAUGAAGGCCGCUGUGGAUGACUGUAAGGAGACUUUUGCUGUGCAGGCUAAGAUGGAUGUUGAGCACCACCUACUGGAUAAGGAGGGUAGUGUCAACCGCAAAUUAAUUUAGUCCCUCCUAACCUUUCUAGCUAAGAAGUAGGACUGGGUGACUUGGUCUGUCCUUGUUUUUAAACACAAGGAGCAUUUUCCAUUGCAGCAGUUGGCUGGGAAGGAAUACCUUGGCAUCAGUGGCAGCAGAAAUUUCUUUGACAUUGUGACCAAGGAUAACAUCAGGAUGUUGGUCUCCUUCAGUGUGGAGCCUGUGCCCAUCGACAAAAGCCAGAUCCAGGAUCAGAUCGAGGGGCAGCCGCUGAAGGGGAAAAUGGCAGAUGUGGCUCAGUUGCUCAGUGACCACCUACCCAGCUGUGCUGUGUAUGCAAUUAGCAGAACCAAGUCAGCAGCUGAGUCCAACACCUUUCCUGAUGACUGCUCUGGGGAGCCCCUGCUGACUCUGCCAUAAUGGGCCCUGGCGCAUUGACAACUUUCAUUUCAUGGAAAAAAUUAAACUUCUAUACUGAAAAUAAAUAGUUGUAAUGUGUUUUAAACUCUAAAAUCUGCUCAUUCUCAUUACUAAUCAUAAUGGUGCAAUUUAAAAGUCAGUAAAGAACUGUGUGCUGUCUGUGUAUUUUUACUUAAGUGUGAGAAAGCAUAGUGAUGCUGCAUCUGUAUAGAUGUAACAAUUAAAAUGUGAGAUUAUGUAGACCUAUUGUAGGUAUUGGUCAGGUAUUUAAGCAAUGUGGUUUACACCAAUAUACUAAUACACGUGUAGGUGCCAGGUUAGCAUAUUCAGCGUUUUAUAGCCAUAUAUGAUUUUGCGUUAAAAAGGCACUAUAACAAGCAUCUCCUCACCAAUGUAACUUGCUCAGGUAUAGUGGUCUGUAUCACGGGGUUGGUCAGACCAAUAUGGUAUAGAUGUCAAUUUAUGUUGCAAAUGAUCUAAUGCUGCACAUAUCACAGUUAUAUGACACGACACAGUUAUAUGACACGACACAGUUAUAUGACACGACGCAAAACCCAAUAAUACGAAAAUUUGGAUUGGUUAGGUCACGUGUAUAAUUAUGAUAGUCAUACAAUAAAAAAAUAAUUCUUAGGUUGUGUGAAUGUAUGUACUAUGGAUAUAUACAGUAAGGUCUGGCAGCGGCCCGUUUUAACAUUGAUGAUCUGUGACAGUCAUAGUCUUCAGUUUGAGCUUCACGCUACAUUUGUUGAUUAUUGAUUAUUACACUGGCACCAACAAAUGUGUGUAUGUGGUAAAUUGUAUCUAAUAGCAAUUUG